AUGGGCGCCGCCGGUGAAGGAGGAGGUGGCCGACCGGGGCCUCGUCAUCCCGCCCCCUUCACAGACGACCCGGAAACCGACGCCCCGACGCGGCGCGGCAGCUUGGGGGACGAGGAGGCCCAGCUCCUCGACGCCGAGGAGUUCGAACUCGAGCCCCGGAACAGCAGCGGCUCCAGCACCUCGUCGAUCCUGCAGCAGAAGUUCCCCGCGACCAAGAAACGGCACUGCAUCGCCGGCCCCCAGCCGCCGAGGGUGCACAAGAUCCAGCCCGUCCUGCCCUGGAUCCAAGAUGCCCCCCCGCGGCUGCUCGAACGCCUGGCCCCGACGCCUCGCCGAAAGGCUGGCCUCGUCGCCGCGUUCCUGGCCCUCUGGGCCGUCGCCUUCUCCAUCCCGCUCACAUCGUCACGCGCCAUCAAGGACGGUCUCGGCAGGGACGUGCUGAACCUCGACUGCUCCGACACGCUGUGGCAGUUCAAGAAUGACUGCGGCCUGGAUGGCGCCGACUGCCGUCCCUUCACGAACUCGUCCUUCUCUUUCAAGUGUCCGGCGAAUUGCAUGGCUCACAAGCUCCUCAACCCGCACGCUGUCGGGCCUCGGGAGAUUGUGUACAAGCCGUUGGUGGUCGGCGACGGGGUGUACCGGGGCGACUCCAUGGUCUGCGCGGCGGCCAUUCACGCGGGCAUUAUCACCGACUUGAGCGGAGGGUGCGGUCGCGUUCAUCGCAUCGGACAGCAUGAGAGGUUCAACAGCUCAUUGAAACAUGGUGUUGAGACCGUCUCGUUCGACUCCUACUUCCCACUCUCAUUCAACAUAUCGGCGGACUCAUCUGUCCAGUGCGGCACAAGGGACCCUCGGCAGUCUCUGCUCCCGAUAUCCCUCUUCUUCACGACCGUCUUUUCCAUCUUCACGACGUCGCCCGAGUGGCAGUUCUUCGUCAGCUUCCUCGGCAUCUUCGCACACGUCAGUUUUGGCUCCGACCCCCCGACGGCGUCCCGGCACGUGGCCACCGUCCUCCCGGACCGGAUCUCCAUGUUCACUGGACGCCUCCUCCCGGCGGCCUUCUGCGCCGUCGUCAUGUACUGGAUCGCCGUCCGGCGCACCCUCGCCGGGCUGAGGGCGCAGUUCGAGAAGACGGCCCUCUGGCUCGGCGGGUUCUGGUUCGGCGCCCUCUCCAACUACACCUUCGCCUGGAUGCCCAUCCAGCGCCUGACCGCCCACGACAUCGAGUCCCAGCCCGGCGCCAAGCCCGCGCUGGCCCUCAUCCUCACCGUCUUCGCCUUCGUCAUGGCGAAGCAGGUCUACUUCUUCUGGCUCGAGGGCCGCCUCCCGCGCUUCCUCGCCCUCUACGCCCUCUUCCUCCUCGGCAUCAUCGUAGGGCUGUCGAUCCCCGGCGUCGACCUGCGCAUCCACCACUACAUCAUGACCUUCCUCCUCAUCCCCGGCACCAGCAUGCAGACGCGCUCGUCGCUGUUCUACCAGGGCAUGGUGCUCGGCCUCUUCGUCAACGGCAUCGGCCGCUGGGGGUUCGACUCGAUCCUCCAGACCCCCGACGCCCUGCGCGAGGACGGGCCCUUCAACUCGCUGCUGCCGGAGCUCGCGGGGUCCGUCGUCUCCUCCGGCUCCUUCGAGCCCAGCAUCGCCUUCAGUUGGCUCGUACCGCCCGCCGCCGCGACGCGGUUCGACGGCAUCAGCGCGCUGGUCAACGACGUCGAGCGGCACCGGUACUACUUCGCGGACGGGGACGCGGACAACGAGUUCAUCUGGAUGCGCAAGCCCAAGAUGGCGUUGCCCGAGUAUUUUAGAUUUGCAUACAUGAAGGACGGCGUCACGUUAGAUUACACACCGGCCGGGACCUGGCUCGCGAACGGCACGUGGUUGAUGCCUCCGCAGUAG